AUGCUUUCCUACAAGCUCGCUGUGUUGUGCCUCUCUGCCUCCGUCUUAAUCGCUACCAACGCUUUGGGUGCGGUGUUUGAUAAACGCGCUGCCGCCUUCUUCGACCCAGUACUCGGCGGUGGCUCUAUGUUCAUCGACGCUGGCAAUGGCCUUGGGGAACCAUUAAACGUCAUCAUCUCGGGGCUCAGUUCCCCUGACGUCCUGACCCUCGACGGUGUGACAAACUUUGCCAGGGCGAUUGGCUUCUCCCAGGAGUGCCUCGACAUCCAUCUUGGCAACCCCUUCUCUGCGAACUUGGGUGACGGGCACGGUGCCGUAAACCAGAGCGUCGAGCUCCGCCAAGACUUCGGGGAUCCAGCCCUUGGUACCUGUCUAGAAUCCCUCAUAGGUGGGAACCACUUCCGGGUGUUCUUCCAGAACGGCCCCACGGCUGACAGCGGUGCUGUUUUUCUCGCGGUCUCGAAGGAGGAGGACUUGGAGGAAAAUCACACCAUAGUCCCAGACGGGUACGACAUUGGGCGUAACUUGUUGGUCGAGAGUGCGCUUGGCACGACGAGCUUCAGCGGCGUCACGUACUCGACGACGGCGCAGAAUAUCACGGGCCUCAUGCCCGCAGGCUCUGCGGGUGUGAAUCACGGAAUCGCUGUCGACGGCAUCGUGACCCUACUAACGGUGAACAUCGUGUAG